ACGGCGGGCGCGGCCGAGGCAGGGCACAGCGCACCAAGGGACGCUGCCGGGCGCCCAUGGCGUUCGCGCUGCUGCGCCCCGUCGGCGCGCACGUGCUGUACCCGGACGUGCGGCUGCUGAGCGAGGACGAGGAGAACCGCAGCGAGAGCGACGCGUCCGAUCAGUCGUUCGGCUGCUGCGAAGGCCUGGAGGCGGCGCGGCGCGGCCCGGGCCCCGGGGGCGGGCGGCGGGCGGGCGGCAGCUCGGGUCCCGUAGUGGUGGUGCGACAGCGGCAGGCGGCCAACGCGAGGGAGCGGGACCGCACGCAGAGCGUGAACACGGCCUUCACGGCGCUGCGCACGCUCAUCCCCACCGAACCGGUGGACCGCAAGCUGUCCAAGAUCGAGACGCUGCGCCUGGCGUCCAGCUACAUCGCGCACCUGGCCAACGUGCUGCUGCUGGGCGACGCGGCCGACGACGGGCAACCGUGCUUCCGUGCGGCGGGCAGUGCCAAGGGCACCGUCCCCACGGCCGGCGACAGCGGCCGCCAGCCGCGCUCCAUCUGCACCUUCUGCCUCAGCAACCAGCGCAAAGGGGGUGGCCGUCGUGACCUGGGGGGCAGCUGCUUGAAGGUGAGGGGAGUGGCCCCCCUUCGAGGGCCACGGAGAUGAGCCAGGGCCCCUGCAGGAUUUGCUCCAAGCAGGACACCAAAGGAGGCCGGGAGUCAGCCAUUGGCUGGACAGGGGAGAAGACCCCAGAAGCUGAACCCACCCCUUUGUGUAGGGACCAGGAGACAAUGGCCUGGGCCCUGGACCCUUUGGGCAGGGCCUUUGGGACAUCUCCACUCCACCCUGGAGAGCUGUGAGGACCCAUUCAGCCCACCCAGGCCUGGCUGGUCAGAGACAAGGUGGAACUUUUGGGAAAAGACUGUUGGUGACAGAGGUGUCUGUGUGUCUGUGCGUGAUUGUGUGUGUGUGUGAGAGAGAGAGAGAGAGAGAGAGAAUUGGUGGCUUAACAUAAAAGUAUUUUUAAAUAAAAGAUGUCGUUCCCAGCUGAGGAAGUAGGACCUUUGGUGCCGUCAGAG